CGAAAGAACAGCAAGGCUGAGGAGGUUGAAAGCUGUGAGUAUUGUAGUCGCGAGAAAGGAAGGCAUUUCUUCUGUAUUCAGAGUGUCAGGGAAUGAAUUGCUGUAUUUGCCGUCCAGCCCUUGCACAUAUAGAAGUGUAGAGGUAUCUGGGUGUGUAUUACAUCACACGCUAACUGCAGGGUUAGCUCAGAAAGGGAGUGGUUGGUUCUGUCAUAUGAAUUAUGAGAAAUCAGUGACUCGUCGUCGCUGCUGAUACGAGCAAGCAGAAGAGUGGAAACCCUGGUACAUUCAGGAUUCGAACAUUUCCUGACGGCUACUGAGAGCUAAUGGAAAUUAAUAAUGCAACCGGGAACCUUGUAAAGUGACCGUUACCGGCUUAUCUGACAAACAAAUACAACACACUGUACGAUCAUCGCUCGCUGAAACCGAAAACGAUGUCAGAUUUACUUCACAACAGGACAACAGUUGGAUAAAGACAUGGGGAGAACAAGUCAACCAACCGUUUUCGUCUAAAGGAACCAAAUGUCUUUCCUGAACGAGGAAAUUCUGCCAUAAGCGUUCAUCAUAUGCCAUAAAUCAUAGUCAUGUCAUCAGAAGAGAAAUUUAGUUGGCUUCGGUGGCUGUGCACAAUUUUUGGACUCCUUUUUUAUUUAGGAGACACUGGUUCAGACUUCAUGUUAUCCGUGCAGUACUUCAGAAGUGGACACAUCUCCUGGGCCAUACUGACUCUUGUGUUUGUUCUGGUUGGAUCUGUAUGCAUACAAGCAUUCAGCUAUGCGUGGUUCAAAGAUGAUAAAAAUAAUGCCGAAGAUGACAAGGGUCUGUCCACUUAUCUAAUCGGGAUACAUGUGCUGCAGAUAGGCAUUUUUGCAAGGUAUCUCCAUCUCCUGAAGAAGAGUUUUAAAGUCUUGCGUUCGAAGCAGGAGGAGCAGGAGGAGCUUAUCGGUCUUGCUACCGAUCUUAGCAUGCUCCGCAUGUUUGAGACGUUCCUGGAGAGCAUUCCUCAGCUGAUUCUGCAGGUUUAUAUCAUACUGGAGCACAACCAUCGCUCUAAUCUGCAAUACAUCAGCAUGGCCCUGUCUUUUCUCACCAUCGCCUGGGCCACGGUAGACUAUCGCCGCUGUUUACGGCAGUCUCUAAGUCACCUUAAGAAAAUGCCUUCUGGAAUCCCAACAGUCGUAUACCUGUCCUACAAAAUCUUUACCAUCACCCCUCGGAUCCUCAGCCUCACGCUCUUCAUCAUGCUCACCACCUUCAGCACCGUACCAAUGGCCUGCAUAUGGCUGCUGGGGACCGUCUGGGCAUUCGUGGAGGAGACCAGCUUCUGCACUUCAAGAGCCCUCGAACAUCUUUAUCGAGCCGUUGUUGGAGUUAUUCUAAUUUUUACCUUCUUUAACAUCAAAGGAGAGAACACCAGAGUCCACAUGACCCUGUAUUACAUCAUCAAUGUGUGUCAGAACCUCGCUGCACCCAUUUUACUGUUCCUGCUCAAACCGGAAUCGGAACGGACGGACUACUUCCUGCCAAUUCUAUUUUUUAUAUUAGUGUCAAAUUUAAUGGGACUUGGCUUUCUGGGACUGUAUUACAGCCUCCUGCACCCACGUGGACCUGACAGGGAGAAAAUAGACGUAGAUGGAGUGGACGAAAUAGACGGAAUGAAACACGAGCCCAAAACGACACGCUUACAGCGUUUUCUGCAAAUGUAGCCUUGCUCAUAAACUAAUGGACUCGGUUAACAAAAAAGUACAUAUUUAUAGAUAUUUAUGCUGUAUCUGUUUAAACAUUAUAACAUGUCUGAAAGCUGCUAAGGAAGGUAUGAUAACCGUUUUGCCAUGAAAUGUUGAAGCUUAAUGGUUUUAUUGAACUUGAAAGAGCGAUGAAAACGCUUUUACUGCCGUUUGCCUUUAGUUUUUCUCACUUUCUUCCUACAGAGCUUCGUUCACAGCCCUGAAGUGAUGAAUAAUGACAGAACUUGUGAUUUUUGUCAAAAGGGCUUUAAUGGAGCAUGUCGGGUAAUGCAACUCAUAUUAUUGUAUGCAUUCCCACUUUUAAUUUGUGGAUACUGUAAGGAUUUUGUAAUGUGUAAAUGUUUGGGGUCAUACGAUUUUUAAAUAUUUCUAAUGACGUUUAAAAAUACAUGCCGAAUGAAUGAAUACUUUUUUUAUUUGAAUGUAUUAUUUAUAUAUAACAUUCCUAAUUUAUUAAUGUGUUGGCAAAACGCCGGUCUUUGGUGUCACGUGACUUUUCCAAAAUAAUAUUCUAAUUUGCUGAUUCGCGCUCAAGACACAUUUCUUAGCAUUUUCAGCGCUGAAAAAAAAAUAUUUUAGGAUAAUUUAAUAAAUAGAAGUAUCGACAGAACAUUGCAACUGUCACUUUUCAUUUUAGUGCAUCCUUUAUGAAUAAAAGUAUUCAAUCUUA